UGAACUUGGAAUAUCUUAAGGUAUAAGCUCAAUGUCAUUCUCGAAAGGCUCGAUAUUCAGAGCCAGACAGUCUGGGUCAGCCAGCGUAUCGCGAGCUGCAUCACCUGCCAAUGUUACUGUCACUGAUUCAACCGUUUCAGUAUUCGAUAAUAAUACUUCUAAAAACAAGGUGCUUGAACUUACUAAAAAUGAUAAAUAUUGUGUAUCAAAACUCCCUGCUUUACCAAGUGUCUUCAACGAAAAUAACGGGGAAGCUGUUUUCAACGGUUAUUCCGAUCAUCUUUCCAAUUAUUCUCUUGUUGUUGCCUCAGGCUCAAUCUAUGUAUGGAACUAUAAAUCUACCGAUACGACUCCCUUAUUGUUUCAAUUUCCUUUGGAUAAAGAUUCUUUAGAUUCCAAGCUUCCAUUAGCCAUCUUGACCAACCCAUCUACCGGUAAUAGUCAAGAUCCGGGGCUAGUGAUUAUCAAUGCAACCACUGGGGAUGUGAAAUUUUAUGAAAGUGUUCAACAUGCUCCAGCUUUGGGAAUAAUCAAUAACAAACAAUUGGAAUCAAACAUCCCAAUUCAAUCAAGACACGGCGAGUACAUUACCUUGGCCGAAAAUGUCGAGCCAGCAGGGAUUAUGGUGGCUACAUCUUGGAAAAGGGUGGUUUUGGUCACCAUCAGAGAUUUUCAAAGUAAACCUCACUUAUCUACUCAUGAACUUUUGAGUCCAUCAAAGUCAACUAGUAUGUUUUCAGGUUUUUUUUCCAGCAAACCAAGCGAAACUAAAGUUAAUGAUGAGAUAGUAAGUCUUAAAUCAGGAAAAAUUUCCAAUAAUGGUUUAACCCAAGAUCUCAUUAUCCAAGACUCGGUUGGUAGAUUCUACAAAUUUACAUUUCAAUCAUUAUCCGUUAAUGGAGCUGCCUACUUAGACUCUAAAAAAUCUGUCAAUCAUGCUUUGGCUACUUACUUGGAAAAUAAUCUUGACGGCUUUAUUCCAGGUUCAAGUUUAAAUAUAAAAUUCUUAGAUUUAUGGCCAUUACAAUUACCCGAGAAAGAAGAUAUAUAUGUGGCAUUAUUACUGGCUGGCGAUGAAUUUAAAAAUGAACAAGAUAAAAACUUAUUUUUAAUCACUAUGAAAAUUGACUCAAGCGGUGCUCUUUUACAUGGUUCUCAUAGGUUAAGCACUUUUGACCCCCAGGUGCUCAUUUCUCUGGUUAAUAAACCUAGACUCUAUAUUCCAAGUCCAGGAACUUCAGCAUUCGUCUUCAUUGAAGACUUAAUAAUUGUUACUGAUAUAAAUCUCUCGUAUAUCAGUUCUCAUACUGCUGAUCAGUAUUAUUCCCCAAGAUGGGAAGAUACGAUCAAAUUGAAACAUAGCGUCGAUGUUAUUGGUCAAGGGUAUGAAAAUCCUUCCUCCAACUCGAACCCAAGCUUAAUUCUUCUUACAAAAAACUCAGGUGUUUUAAGAAUAGAAAGAUUUAUUGAACCUGAAAAUUCAAUGGAAGUUGAUGGGAAAAACUUAAAUGAUCCCCUGAAAAUCCUUAAAUCUCACAUUGAACAAGGUAUUUUUUAUAAUGACUAUGGUGUUAUCGAUUUUGAUAUUCAAGAAUCGUAUCCCGAAAAUAUCUUAAUAAAUUCAAUUGAUCAAAUUGGAAGUGAAAUUUUAAACAACACUUCACCAUAUUUACCCGCUUUUCUUCCUUCAAUAAAAGACUUUUUGAAUUUAAAGCUUAGAUUUUUCCAUGGUUUAGUCGAUUAUUCAAAGAGAAACUUUCCUGGUACAUGGCCAAAGAUUGCUUCUAAUAUUGUUAGGUCUCUUGAAAUGACAGACGUAUCAUUGAACCUUUGGGAACAUUUAAGCUCUGAAACUUCCAAAGAUUACAGAGAAAUCCUUCAAAAAGUUAUCAUAGAAACAAAUGCCGUUGAAGGGCUCAAUCCAAAUGAAGAUAUUUUACGUAAAUUUUUCAGUCAAGGUACUAAAGAAAUCAACCAAGUUUUAACCAGGCUCGUCGUAAAUUUGAUCAAGGACCAUACUUUCCAUGAUGAGUUAAUCAAAUUACUUGUUAAAACAUGUUACAAUGGUAUUUUCAUCAAUGAAGAAAAAUUAAUAGUUGGUCGUCAUAAGAUUCCUACUAGAAAAUUAUGGAUCUUCGACACCGAAUUGUUAGUCAGAAUAGAUGAAAUAUUUUGUCAUAUUUACUGCGGCGGUGACGAUUCAAUCCUCACUACAUCUGAAAGCCGUUCAAACUUGAUCAAAUUGACUGAAGUGUUAUAUUUCCUCUUCAACAACGCAAUUCAAUUUAUGCAAACAUCCGAUCCUUCAAAUGGUCAAUUCGGAGAGUAUGUGACUUGGUACAAAACUCAAAGAGAUAAAUGGAUGCAGGCUUUAAUGAGCCAAGAUUUGAAUAAAGACGCAGUAAGAAUAUCUGAAAAGUACUACGAUUUUUCAUCUUUAGCAAAAAUUCUUGAAGCUGAGAGAUUGAAAAUAGCAGACGAAACGGGUACCGAAGGUCUUGAAUAUAAAGUUGCAACAAAAACAUAUGAAUCAUAUUUCGAAAAGUAUGGGUACAUGUUUGCAAGGAGCUUAUAUGAUUAUUACCUUAAGAAUGAUAUGAUCCAAGAUUUGUUGUUGUCAUUUAAUAAUUACCAUCCAUAUUUGAAACAAUACUUUAAGGAAAGUCCGAAAAAGACAGAAGAAGUAUCUUGGAUUCGUUCAUUAAUCGAUGAAGAAUACGGUAAUGCUGCGGUUUCGAUAAUAGAUUCUGCAGAUAGUAAGGUGGAUGAUUACCAAGAUAAUAGACAGUUGAAAUACUCAAUAGGUAAAUUGGCUGCUAUUGCAGCAGAAAAGAGUCCUCAAGACUUUGAUUCAAAUCGAUUAAUUGAUUAUAAGACCAAGGCCGAAAAGAAUUUGCAGCAAGGAGCCAUUCAAAAUAGAUUAUUCGAUAAAGUAUCGAAAUUGUUCGAAGGAAAUGGGAACCACUUAACCUUAGACUUAAUUGCAAAUUCUCAUUUCAAUUCUAAGAUAGAUUUGAGUACUUCCAAAAAAAUAGUGGGUCCAUUUUUUGACAAAUUUGUAAACUCCAAACCGUUAUCGAUGGAUGAAUUGAUUAAUUUAUUAACACUUAUCAAACCAAACUUCAAUUAUCAAAAUGGAUUUUCUGAUGCUUUAGAAGUAGCUCUAUUACUUCCAGAUCCUGACUCAUAUUCAUACUACUGUCAACUUAUUUGGUUAAGGUUGUUAACUACAACGGAUGAUUGGUCUUUCUUGAAAGCAACACAAGGAAACUCUGAUGAUGAAAAUAAACGCCUCAUCCAUGACACUACAUUAUACCACACUUUAGCACAACUUGGCUCUGAACAUCCAACAAUAAGACAAUUAGAUGUUUUGUUAAAAUCCCAAUGUGCUUCUUUAGUUGCUGAUGAAUUAGAUGAUACAAUCAACUCUUUAACUGAACAAUUGAAGCGUGAGCUAGAAAACAGCUUGUCUGAUAACAACCUAGCUUCAUGGAUUGAAGCUAUUGUUGUCGAAAUAAAAACCUUUACCAGUUCAUAAAUCAUAUCUACAUCGAGCAAUACAUACUUGUGUUUCUGUAUAUUAAUUUUUAAU